UCACUCUGCGCCUCUCAGUUGCCAAGAUACGGAACUUCCGCAAACCAAGGGGAGGUUCUCGAGCUGCUUUUCCUCUAUUUCUCUGCUUUCGCGUUUUCAACCCUGGUCACCAUGUUGGACCCCGAAGUCGAGGUCUCACGAAGCACCUUUGCCUCUUACAUGGCGGAGGGCGAGCGGCUCUAUUUGUGUCGGGAAUUCUCUAAAGCCGUCCAGAGCUUCAGCAAGGCUCUUCAGCUUCAGAAUGGAGACAAGAACUGCCUGGUUGCCCGCUCCAAGUGCUUCCUAAAGAUGGGAAACUUGGAGAAAUCCCUGAAGGAUGCUGAGGCUUCACUCCAGAGUGACCCAACUUUCUGCAAGGGGAUUUUACAAAAGGCUGAGACAUUGUACACCAUGGGAGACUUUGAGUUUGCCUUGGUGUUCUAUCAUCGAGGCUAUAAGCUGCGGCCUGAUCGGGAAUUCAAAGUUGGAAUUCAGAAAGCCCAGGAAGCCAUCAACAAUUCAGUGGGAAGUCCUUCUUCAAUUAAGCUGGAAAACAAAGGGGACCUUUCCUUCUUAAGCAAGCAGGCUGAGAAUAUGAAAGCCCAGCAGAAGCAUCCUCCAGUGAAACACAUCUCAUACCACACCAAGACAGAGUCCAAGCGGAAGGGCUCACUCAAGAGCGAGAAGAUUGUCCGCCAGCUUCUGGGGGAGCUCUACGUGGACAAAGAGUAUCUGAAGAAGCUCCUAUCGGAUGAAGACCUGAUCAGAGGCACCACGAAGGGCGGCCUGACUGUGGAGGACCUCAUCAUAACGGGCAUCAACUACCUGGACACUCGCAGCGACUUCUGGAGGCAGCAGAAGCCGAUCUAUGCCAGGGAGCGGGACCGGAAGCUGACACAAGAGAAAUGGCUGCGGGACCGCAAACGCAGUCCCUCGCAGACAGCCCAUUACAUCCUCAAGAGCCUGGAGGACAUCGACAUGUUGCUGACCAGCGGCAGUGCCAAAGGGAGCCUUCAGAAAGCUGAGAAAGUACUGAAGAAGGUACUGGAAUGGAACAAAGAAGAGGUACCCAACAAGGAUGAACUGGUUGGAAACUUGUACAGCUGCAUAGGGAAUGCCCAGAUCGAGCUGGGGCAGAUGGCGGCAGCCCUGCAGAGCCACAGAAAGGACCUGGAGAUCGCCAAGGAAUAUGACCUUCCUGAUGCAAAAUCAAGAGCCCUUGACAACAUUGGCAGGGUUUUUGCCAGAGUUGGGAAAUUCCAGCAAGCCAUUGACACGUGGGAAGAGAAGAUCCCUCUGGCAAAAACCACCCUUGAGAAGACCUGGCUGUUCCAUGAGAUUGGCCGCUGCUACUUGGAGCUGGACCAGGCCUGGCAGGCCCAGAAUUAUGGUGAGAAGUCCCAGCAGUGCGCCGAGGAGGAAGGGGACAUUGAGUGGCAGUUGAACGCCAGCGUUCUGGUGGCUCAGGCACAAGUGAAGCUGAGAGACUUCGAGUCGGCUGUGAACAACUUUGAGAAGGCCCUGGAGAGGGCGAAGCUUGUCCACAACAGCGAGGCGCAGCAGGCCAUCAUCAGUGCCUUGGACGAUGCCAAUAAGGGCAUCAUCGAAGAACUGAAGAAAACCAACUACAGGGACUCCAUCAAAGAAAAGAAAGAGAAAGAAGAGGCUGCUUCAUUGUAUGAAGAUAAAACAAUAAUGGCAAAGAAGGAAAAGAGCAGAGUGAGAGGCGAGUCUGAGAAGGUGAUGAAGGAGUGGGAAAGGGAGCAGAUUGACAGCGACAAAGAGACAGAUGAGGAUGAGGCGUUUACGGAGGCCCUGGAGAGCACAGCAAGUGCUCAGCACAGAGUGGAAGCAGGAAAAGCCAGAAGAGGUUCGGGAGAAGUCGCCAAGGGCGUGUCAGAGUUGGGCACAAGAAGAUUAGGAGACGACGCAGGCAGGACACUACCAGAAGUGGGCAGGAGAGGAUCCAGAGAAAUUUACAGGCGGCCUUCUGGAGAAUUAAGCCAAAGACUCUCAGGAGAAUUAAGUAGAAGCGAAUCAGAAGGCCUAAAGAAACUUCCAGAAGUAGGCAGUAAAGAGUUGGAAGAACAGGGAAAAACAGAAUUGGGAGAAAAAAGAGAAACGAAAAAACCAGAAAAUGCUGAAAAUUAAAAAACAGAAAAGGAACACGAACGAAGCCAUGGUCAGUAGCCAUUAGGAUCAGGAGGCUGGUGUUCAGAGGGGUCUUGGGAUCUUACUAAACUGGACUUUCAAGAUGAGAUUUGUCUUUAAUAGGAAAAAUAGGGGACUGGGUCCCACAGGUCA